AUGGAUUUUCUCAAUACAACAACAGGCGAGAUAAAAAGUGAUGUGACUAAAUUAUUAAUAGGUGCUGAUGGAAUUAAUUCAAGUGUAAGGAAAAUUCUUUAUUCAAAUGAAGGACCACCAAUAUGUCAAGGUCUUCAUAUAUGGCAUGGAUUAACAUCUGUUGAUAAACUUUAUUUAGAUGGACGAACAAUGAUUUGUAUGAGAAAUCCCGAUACAGCAUAUUUUAUAAUGUAUCCUUUAAAUAAUAACCUGAUUAAUCCGGCUUGUAUUAGUAGAGUUAAACAAGAAGAUACAUCUUUCUUAGCACCAGAUAAAUCUGAAUGGACCAAUAUGGGUGAUUGGGAAGAUUUUCUUCCUUUUAUUAAAGAUAUGAAACUUGAUUUUAUUUAUAUUGAACAAAUAAUUAAAUCAUCAACUGUUAUUAAUCAAUUUUCAAUUACUGAUCGUAAUAUUAUUUCUCAGUGGACAUUUAAUGGUGUAACUCUUAUUGGUGAUGCAGCACAUCCAAUGCAUAUUAGUAUUAAUAAUGAAACUUUUCAAGAUUAUGAAAAUAAUCGACGCCCAUUAACAGAUAAAUUUAUUUUAUUAGCACGUCAAUAUGGCCCAGAUAAAAUCCUUAAGAUUAUUGAUGAGCGUUUACCAAAUAUAUCUGAUAUUAUUUCAUCAGAAGAAAUUCAAUCGAUUAUUUACAAUUAUAAACAAACAUCUGGUCAGGAUAAAUAUUUAUUAAAUAAUAAAGAUUCACUUUCUUAA